AUGGGUUUCUCGAAGAAGCAACAAGUGGAUGGGGAUUCGAUCGAAGGGAAGAUAUGGGUGAUUUCCGGACUCACCAUGUGUGCUCCGUUGAAGUCUGUAUCUAUUAAUGGUGAAUAUGAUGAAAGUUUGGAUUCGGGUUCAACAACGCCGACGAAGAAGGAAUCGAGGGUCCCUGAAAAGUUUCGAUGCCCACCGCCACCAAGGAAGCGUCGGCCGGUGUCCAACUGCCAACGAAAAGGAGAUGUUGAGUAUUUUACUUCACCGGAGUUGGAUUCCUUCUUUGAACACUUUGCGAAUUCGGAGAGAGGGAAAUGCAUUUCUUAA